AUGUUCGGCCGUCUUACUCACUACGCAUUUGAUGCGGUUCUCUUCUCCGCCUUCCUAGCUGGUGUCAAGCGCUCCACGGGUCUCACCCCCAGUGUCGACUCUGAUAAGAUUUCUGACAACAAAGAAGUGAAGCGAUGGAUCGACAACUACCUCGGUGUUGGCGAGUGGGUGAUGGAUCAAUCUGUUGCCGUCAUGGGCUCAUCCAGCUGGUUUGAGCGCCGCCGGUGA